UUUCUAGGCCAGAUGCAGACACAUUGUGCGGGGAACUAAGCUCCAGCACUCCCGCAUCCGGCCAUGCCUCACUAUAUAUCCCUGCGCAAGUACAUGCUGUGUUACACAUCCUGUAAAAGUCGCCGUUUUGACCGGUCACAUCUAGACAGCCGCUCGGUUGCUUUCCGAAUAUCCGAGCAGCUUCUUAAACCCGAUCUGUCCAAGUCUCAUCAUAUAACUUUUUCAGCUUGUAAUAUCCAAAUCCAAACUCUCCUCUUCUACCGGUAAUACGAGCUUACUCCAUCAGCACUUCUAACGGUUUCUGGUUCAUAGGUUCCAUAUAUUAGCUCGGACCGAUUAUCGCUUUGCACAGCUGAAGGAAGUCAAGGCGAUUGAGGCUCUCACACGCUGCAACCGAUGCUUUUGGGAGAUUCUAGACUUCGUACAUGGGUGAAGACGAGGGAUAAAACGUGCAUGACAAGGAUCAUGAGCAGCAUGUGCCAGAGGAAUAAUAUUCUCAAGAGUGAUUACAAGUAUCCCCCAGAACUGUGUCUAGCCCAAGAGCUUGGCAUACCAGAAGUGCCUAGAAUCGCCGUCAAGUGAUUUUCAAUCUCUACGACACACGCUCUAACGGUAUGCCUGAGUGGUCGACACGUACAAGAGAGCUCUCUAAAAUCACUGCCCGGAAACUCUAUCUUACGAGCUGUUCCAGAAAAUUGGAUGUUCGUUAAAUUGCGAUCCAACAAGAAGGGAUUCCGCGCCACGUGUAUGUGCCUCUCGAUGUCCACCCAUCUACUUUACAGAGUAAAUUGGGGUAUAUGACAAAGUAGUCUAUACCGGCAACUUCCGUUAUUCCAAUGCAUAAGCAUAAUAUUUCCCCCACCUCUAUCUCGCACUCCCGAUGCGUAGACCGACUGACCGCAAUUCGUACUAGGUGAUCUCACACAUAACUCUCCGGCAAUGGUAGGAACAUGAAACGAAUUGACUCAAGAAUAGGCGGUGAUGUUAUAGAUUGUGGAUUGUAUCACCGUCAUCAUCGGUAUGGUCAUCGACCAAGGCAAUUGCUAUCGGUAUAUACCAUGUAGAGAAGUCAUCGCUUGCAGUCAUCGCUUGGAGUUACUCACCAUCAUCAUAUGAUCCCCAAAUCUC